AUGACAUCCCAAGGCUUUUCCCGAAAGCGUCCUGCUCCAGGCGCAGAUCCUAUACCUUUUACUUCUCCUCUUCCGACUACCAUUCCGGCCUUCAAUGAUGGUCUCGGUCCAAGCCUUUCAAAUGAUGAUUUCUUUCACUGGGGGCAAACCGGGCAGCCGGCUGCCCCGUACAACGAUAAUACCUAUGCAAUCAACGGCAAUGCGUUUGUCCAACCCACCCAAUUGCCGCAAUCAUUACCGCAGCCAUCAAAUCAACUCGCUCGCAGACCCGUAGCCCAACUUGCCGCUCGAGGCCGCAUAAGCGAAGAUAACAAUGCCUGGGUUGAUACGGCGAAUGGAGACUCGCAUCCUGCCGAGGCCGACUGGGCAAAUGAUGAUAUUGCGGAACUCGAGGCCAGAGCACAAAUCGCCAAACGGGAAGCGCAAGCAAAGAGGAAGCAAAUUCCACCCUUCGUCCAAAAACUAAAUAGUUUUCUAGAAGAUGGCCGCAAUACCGAGCUCAUCCGGUGGUCAGACGAUGGUAGUUCAUUCAUUGUCCUCGAUGAAGAUGAAUUUGCCAAAACCCUCAUUCCCGAAUUGUUCAAACACAACAACUACGCCUCGUUUGUCCGGCAGCUCAACAUGUAUGGCUUCCACAAAAAGGUGGGCCUCUCCGAUAACUCCAUGAGGGCCAGCGAAAGAAAGAACAAAAGUCCAAGUGAAUAUUCCAAUCCGUACUUCCGCCGAGGUCAUCCAGACCUCUUGUGGUUGAUUCAAAAGCCGAAGAAUGUUGGUGGACCAACCUCGAAGCGGAAGGGCAAGACCGACAAUGACCAAGGUGAAGAAGAUGUUGACGAAUACACAGAUGAUGCCACCAACAACAGCGCAGAAAAUCGUGUCCGCUCCCGACCAGGUCAACUCGCGCUGAGGCAUCCGGACACAUCUCUUACGCAAGAUCAAUUCAAAAAUGUGCAACGAGAGCUUGCCACCAUCAGAAAUCAGCAAGCUCAGAUCUCUCGCAUGAUGCAAGCUCUCAAGCGCGAACACGAGCAAUUGUACGGUCAAGCUGCAACAUUUCAAGAGCAGCACAACCGUCACGAGAACUCAAUCAAUGCCAUCUUGACCUUCCUCGCAACAGUCUACAACCGCGGCAUCCAAAGCCAUGACGGCAUUCAAGGGAUUGCGAGUCUUUUCACGAAUGCCAUACCCGUCGAUGCCACGAGCCAAGGCAACGUUGUCGACGUCGGAGACUAUGCAUUCAAUGAUGUCAAUCUGGACAGUGAUUUACAGAAACCAUUCAAAAAGCAACCCCUCCUACUCACGAAUGGAACCGCACGGCAAGGACGGGCAACCACACUUUCCCCGCGUCCGGCCAACAGCCCAUACCCAUCCAGCACACAGCCCCUCCGCAAUGUUCAACAAUCCUCACUUUCACCGAAUAUAGAGGAGAUUUUCGACCCGGGGGCCAGCAAACCCAACACCCCUGGCCUUCGGAAAGCUUCGACACAGGCCCGUGAUCUACCUCAACGUGAGAUGAUGUCUUUGAUCCAAAAUGCCAAUGCACGAAACAAUGCCAGCAGUCCCUCGGGUGCAUCUACCUCGCCAGCGCAAGAUUUCUCCAAUGUCCUCAACAGUCUCGAAUCGUCCAGUGGGUCUGGACCCCUGAGUACAUCUCAGCGUGCUGAUGUUCUGAGGAUGAUCAACAACUCAACCAACCAACCACCGGGUAAGGACAACGCACUGAUCAAUUCAACCCCCCCUUCCGGUCCUACAAACUUCCACCGGCGCCUAGAGAGCACUCAGGCGGACCUUGAACAGCUCGCAAAACUGCAAGCCGAGCAAGACAAAAGUGUGCAGAACUUGAGAAAUCUCUUACAACCGCUCAGCCCGACAGGCUCUAUUCCGGGGAUUGGAGAUGGCCAGCCUCUUCCUCCACCGCCACUCGACAUUGAUGAUUUCCUCAACCACAAUGACUAUUUCACGGACUUCCCGAGCGACGGCGCUGGAAACUACGAGUUUGGAAACACAGGACUCGGCCCAGGCCACACCACUGGGGCGACUGACGAUCUCAAUUUUGUUGACUACAAGGACGACGAUGAGCUUUUUGGGAAUCUGAACCAGACCCCGGCCGCGUCAGGCAGUUCUGGCAAAUAUGACUUUGGGCUUGACGGCACCACAGGCGGGAUUGAUCCAGGCGGUGACCAAUACCCAAACAUGAAGUUCGAAACCGCAAGCGACUAUGACAAUGAUGGGGGUGGUCGAGUCGAGAGCGUGCCGAGCAGUGGAAUAACAACGCCAGGGUCGGCGGAAGACCCCAAAGCACAUGCGCCAACUACGCGCAGCAAGGGAAGGAAACUAAGCUCGGUCGAGGAUGAUACCGAGGUAGAUCUAGGCCGAAAGAGAGCGCGCGUUUAA